UCGCCAGCUCUGCCUAAAAGCAAAUGCUGCAAAGUGUCGUAAAACAUUUAAUUUACUUCCCCAUACAGCAGCUAGCGUGUACAAGGUGCAAAAGCGAUGGUGCUCUAAAAACAACAUUUUUCUUACCGAACUUCAAAUUCAUGAAGAUUUUCAUUAGACAACUUGAAAGGUUAAAGCAUGGAGGACAUGGAAGAAGAAAGUUCUGGUCUAAAUGACGACCACAACCAUAACUACUGUGAAAACAGUGCCAGUGGACAAGUCCACAAUCUCAGGACCGGACUGUCAAAUGAACCCCAGACCCUACCAGUUUUUCCGGUUCUGGGCACGCGAGAGGUAGCGACGCAGGAGAAUCACGCAAAUAUUUGUUCCAGUUCCAGCAGUGGUUCAAAGUUCGUGGAUUCAGACUCUAGCAGCGUGAACAGUGACACCAGCGAGACUGACAGCGCAUCGCCAGCUUCAAUCGCAGGGAAACUGACCCUGAACUCCGCCUCAAAGUUUCUAAUGAAUGCAAUGACCGAAGAGGACUAUAGAACCACAUACUGGCCGAACCUGGAGAAAGCCAUUGACCACCUGCUGAUACAAAACCCCAUGGACCACAUCUCCAUUUCAUAUGAGCAGAUAUACAGUUACGUGUACAAGUGUGUUUGUCAACAGCACUCAGAGCUACUGUACAAAGACUUGAUGCUGAAGAUUACUACCCAUCUUCAACAAGUUUCAUCUGAUUUACAAAUUGUUCCACCAGGGAAUUUCAUUGAGUUUUUCAACAUUGCUCUGACUCAGUACACAGAUGCUCUUCAAUGCAUAGUUCCUGUAUUCAUCUACAUGAAUAAGUUCUACAUUGAAACGAAGCUAAACCGACACCUGCGAGAAGAUCUCAUGAAGCUUUUUACUGAUCAUGUUGCAGAAAAACAUGUGAACACGCUGAUACCUCUUCUCCUCGAAGCCCAUUCCAUGCCUUUUCAAGUCAGACCUUCAACAAUGGCCAGUGUCGUGAAAGGCCUGUAUACUCUUCGGCCAGAUUGGGCACAUUUAGCCCCAGCUCUCUUCUCUGGAUUCAUUCCUCAAAUCAACCCGCCGACAGUGGAAUCCCAGCUCUCCGACUAUGCUGCUCAUGACCAGAAACUACAAAUGGAGCUCUCUCUGAAUGGCUUUCCCAGAGGUGACCAGUCUCGCAAGAGAGCCAGCGAGGAGUCUGCAUAGAGUGCUCAGACAGUCAUCGACCUGGCUCAACCCAAAUUCACAAAACACUGAACGAUUAAGAUUCUCUGAUGCUGAGUGCAGUGGGUGAGCAUUAAGCAUGGGCUCGUUUUUGACCCGCAAGAGUCGUAGUGGACACUGCUUUCUUUGCCUCUUUUGAAAAGCACAGUGAAUUCAUAAUGGUGCAUAAUGAUUCUGUCAGCUUUUGGUGAUGAAUCCAUCUUCUUUAUUGUUAAGGUAUUAUGUGGUUUCAUGUCUUUGUUCUUAUUUUCUCCAUUAAAGUGUGCCUUCUGCUCUGCUUUGUUGGGAUAUUCAAGUUGCCAUUAACCAGGUGGAUGGGGCAUGAUUCCCAGUUUGACCACAUACUGUGUCAAUUAUGGGUCGUGUUCAUUAGGAUAUGCCGCGGAAAACAUGAAUUACAGUGGAAAACAAAAGGAGUGUUUCUGAUUUGACAAAUACAGGUGGUUCCUCAUUUUGUCCGUUUUCUUCCACUUUGUGCCUAAUGAACAUGAUCUCUAACCUGGACCUCCCUGAUCUGUUAUUGGUCUGAUUGAUCUGAUUCAGUAACUAUGACAGUCUGCUGCUAUUCCUCAUCUGUUGUUGUGUAGAACACUUGAUUUUUGUCUGUCUGGUCUGUGUAACUAAUAUUGACAGUUGUUUGGAUAGGAACAAAUUGUGUCACUUUGUAUCAGUCAGAUAUGUUAACGUCUGUAAUGAAAGACUAGGGUCUGGGAAGUGGGAACAUUUCCUCUUGAAUUUAAGAAAGUUCUACAGUGGCACACCCAAUUAGGUAUGCAUUUGUUUCUAUUUUGAUGUUUAGGCAACUUUAAGCAAUGGUUUAUCUGGAACUUACAGGAUAAAAUAUGUCCUGUUUAACAAUUUCUUUCUCAAUGGGUAUGAAACAGCAAAAAAGCUUGUUCUGUUAAAUUUGGCAAAUGUGUGAGCAUUAGCAUACAAAAUAGGAGUAUUUUUAAUUUAACUAGGCAAGUCAGUUAAGAACACAUUCUUAUUUGAAUAGGUAAUUGUUUAAAGGACUAUUUUCUACAACAUUUAUAUUUUAUUGCGUUUGUUUUUGAACCAGAUCGUAUUUACCAAGCAUGCCAAAGAUGAUUCACAAUGUUUUUAUUCCCUGCUCUAAACAAUUUCAUUGACACCAUAAUUUCUGGAGUCACAGUCUCCCCAUGUUGCUGCUGUAUCUGCAUUAGGUUACCCAUUGUACCAAGUCACUGAGCCAAUUGAUUAGGAUCAAUUAUUGGAACUGUUGUGAAUUUGGUUACAAUAAUUAUGCCAAAUGAUGUAGGUGGAGUUAAAGUUAUCCCUGUGUUCUCUCCAGUUCCUGAUGAUGUAAACAGAUCCAGUCUCAUUGUGGUGAUGAACAAUUUAUGGUUGUUACUGUCACAGAUUUACCUUUGUUACAUGUGGUUUAUGUUAAAUGGAAGUAUUUGAUACAGCUCUUUGCACUGUUUUAAGUGUAAUGUGAUGCUCAUAUUUGAAGAUGUUGGAGAUGGCACACUCAUUGUCUUAUGUACAGUUUUACUUUCAAUAAACAAAUCUUGAAAAGGAUUUAUAUUA